UGCCCUGGGACAUUCCAGGGAGCCGACCGGCCCUCGCCAGCCGGGUGGCGAUGUGGCUCUGAUAUGGGGACUGAGAAAAAGAAGGAGCUUCCCAAGGAAGAAAUUUCUGAAGAAUCCAAGCCACAUGGGCCAGUGUUGGAAAAGCUUUCACAGGAGGUUUACCAAGGUCAUGGGUUUGGAGCAGCAAAUGAAAAAGAUGUAUUAAAGGGACAUCUGAGAAAGUCUCCUCAGGGGAGAGACUUUGCAUCAGGGUUAGUUAUCUUCAAGAUGUCAUCCUUAGGUGAGCAAGAGCAGGGUAGUAGUGGGAGUGACAGCGGCCACAGUCCUGACCCAAGUGUGGUGCUCUGCCAUGGGGAUCCUCCAGCAGAGAGGGUUAGUGUGUUUGCUACUUCUGCCCAGAGCUUCGUGGAGAAGGUACAGCUUCAUCAAGCACAGAGGACUUCUGGGGGAGAAAAGCCUCACACGUGUAAAGAAUGUGGAAAAGCUUUUAACCAGAACUCGCAUCUCAUCCAGCAUAUGCGAGUUCACAGUGGAGAGAAACCCUUUGAGUGCAAAGAGUGUGGAAAGACAUUUGGAACCAACUCCAGCCUUCGAAGGCACCUGAGAAUUCAUGCUGGAGAGAAGCCCUUUGCUUGUAACGAGUGUGGGAAAGCCUUCAUUCAGAGCUCACACCUUAUCCACCAUCAUCGAAUCCACACAGGAGAAAGGCCUUAUAAGUGUGAAGAAUGUGGGAAAGCCUUCAGCCAGAAUUCAGCCCUUAUCCUGCACCAGAGAAUCCACACUGGAGAGAAACCGUACGAAUGCAAUGAGUGUGGGAAGACCUUCAGGGUCAGCUCCCAGCUUAUCCAGCACCAGAGGAUUCACACCGAAGAGAGGUACCAUGAGUGCAACGAGUGUGGCAAAGCCUUCAAGCACAGCUCGGGCCUCAUCCGACACCAGAAAAUCCAUACUGGAGAAAAGCCCUAUCUGUGUACCGAAUGUGGGAAGGGCUUUGGUCAGAGCUCUGAGCUCAUCCGUCAUCAGAGAAUCCAUACGGGGGACAAGCCCUACGAGUGCAGCGAAUGUGGGAAGACUUUCGGGCAGAACUCAGAGAUCAUCCGGCAUGUUAGAAUUCAUACGGGGGAGAAGCCCUAUGUCUGCAAGGAGUGUGGGAAGGCCUUCCGGGGUAACUCAGAACUUCUCAGACAUGAGAGGAUUCACACUGGAGAGAAACCCUUUGAAUGCUUUGAGUGUGGCAAGGCUUUCAGGCGGACCUCUCACCUAGUCGUCCACAGAGAACACACUGGGGAGAAACCCCACCAGUGUCACGCGUGUGCAAGGACCUUUUGGGAUAACUCGGAGCUGCUGCUUCACCAGAAGAUUCACGGUGGAGAGAAGCCUUAUGAGUGCCGGGAGUGUGCGAAGACCUUCAGCCAGCACUCGCCGUUCACCAGCCACCAGAGAAGCUGUACGAGUGUCAGGAGUGCCAGAGGACCUUCAGUCGGAGCUCCCACCUCCUCCGACACCAGAGCGUCCACUGCGUCGAGUGACCUGCGGGCCAGGACUGUGGGGAAAGGCCGAAGCAGGCUCUUCGUUCCUUCACACUCUGUCCCCCAGUCCUUGGGUCACAUGCAAGGACAGGCCCUCCCCUGCCCAUGCCCUGAGCCUUGUGGUAGCUGGCGGAAGUGAUGGAGCAGUUUCAUGAACUAUUUAUUAAGAAGUCUGUGUUCUGAAUUAAAUCAUAAAAGUUGUUUCAGGCCUUAA